AUUGAGCUCAUGGGAAGAACUAGGGGGUGGAAAAUACCUUACACUGUCAUCGGUGCAUGAGUGUCAAGGGGCUGGGGAUACCAAACCUUUUAAGGUGAGAUCGAGCGAGAUACUUUUGCAUCGGUGGUAGAAGAUGUCAAAAAGCGCGAUUAGUGGAACUUUGACGGGAUCGGAUGAACGAACGAAUAUAGGUCUACAGUGGAGGGACGGUGAACGAUGAGCCUGCAAAAUUCUUUUGUCGUGCCCCUAUUAUGCCGCUCUUAUACCUGACAACACAAAGAAACAACAAGGAAUUUUCACCAGGAAUUCCAGGCAGAAUCGGUCAUACUUUGUCCGCUCAGAGGCCCAAUACCAGAACCGCACGAAUCUUGUAGGAUUUGUAUCAAAGGAGAAGGCUAAGUGCAUGACGAGCUUAUCCACGAUCUAUGGCGACACGUCGAUGCAUUUGAACCUUACAAACGGAAUAUUGGCGAAGAAAUUUGUGACGUAAAAUGGUGAGAAGCUUUCUUGGUGAAGUUCAAUCUAAGUUUUGGCUGUAGAUGUCCAAUGAGUCAAUGACAGCAUGUAUCAAUGCGAUAACCCUGCCCACGUUUGGUGGUAGGGCUGCUUAGGGGUUUAAAGAUCUAGCUCGGACUAUGCGGACUUUUGAGCAAGAACCGAGUACAAGGUACUUUGAUUCCCACGGCUCUUUGUUGAAUACAUCGGGAAGUCGGAAUUAGAAUCUCUCUGUUGUCUGUCACAUUCGUCGUAUAUGUUUAUUGUCUAUUUAAUCGUGACGAAUGAGAAAUUUCUCAACAGAUUAUCACAUGGAAAAGUUUCCGUUUCGAGAUAGUUGAAGAAGGUAAGUUUUCGCCCCCUUCAUGGUGGGGUUUUGGCGUUUUGGCGUCGUGCGCACUGUGUCGGUGUUCAACUUGUCCGAGUGGAAUGCGGAAAACGUUAUUUUGGCGGUUUGCUUGGUGUAAUUACGGGCACAUAGGAUGUCCUUUGAAAUUGACAACAGCCCGUAGUGUCGGUAUCGGAAUUUUUUAUCACUAGUUGAUUGUUUUGGUGGGUCUAGAUGAUUAGUAUGUCCUGCAUUUGCUUACCUCGCGAUGUUUACAGUCCGAUGGAUACAGGUUACUUAAAACUCGGUGCCCCCUCAUUAAUGCAAAGUAAUACUCUUCUUAAGUUAAUUUUCUUGUUACCUCUACUUGAGGACUUUUUAUCCAGUGAUUAUUUUUAAUACAUUUUCAUAUUUUCGGUGGAUUCUUCCCUAUCGAUAGUUUCAUAUCAAUACCACAAUUGCCUAUCAUGGCAGACACUGAGCCGGAAGGCUUUGCUUCGGUUGUUCGAGAACACGAAGGGUAUGGAAAUGGACUUACACGUGCCCUUUCAGCGUCAUCAGCGUUUUCGGAACGAAGAGGACAGAGGGCUUACGAUAAUUCAGACGAAGAUAAUAAGGAUCAGCCAAUAAGUAUGGCCGAAGAUUGGAGUAUGAUGCCUGAGAUUCAAGCUGUACGAAAUCAAGAAGAAAAAGACCAAGUCAAAAGAAGAGAUUUGGGAGUAACUUGGCAGAACUUGACGGUUAAGGGAAUCGGAGCUGAUGCAGCUAUUAAUGAGAAUGUUUUAUCCCAGUUCAAUCUCCCGAAGAUCAUCAAGGAAGGAAGAACAAAGCCACCACUUAGGACUCUCGUCGAUAAUUCUCAUGGAUGUGUCAAACCUGGAGAGAUGUUAUUAGUUCUUGGAAGACCUGGAGCCGGAUGCACGACUCUACUGAAGAUGAUUGCCAACAACCGAUUGGGAUAUGCAGAGGUUACGGGUGAUAUUCAUUAUGGAUCCAUGAAUCAUAUCGAAGCAAAGAAAUAUCGAGGACAAAUCGUCAUGAAUACCGAAGAAGAACUCUUCUUUCCUACACUCACUGUCGGACAAACAAUCGAUUUCGCUACGAGGAUGAAGGUUCCACAUAAUUUACCCUCCAACACAACUACACCAGAGGAGUACCAACAAACGACUCGAGAUUUCUUACUGAAGAGUAUGGGCAUCUCACACACUCAUGAUACUAAAGUGGGAAAUGAGUUCGUGAGAGGUGUUUCUGGUGGUGAGCGAAAACGUGUUUCUAUUAUUGAGAUGCUUGCUACUAGGGGAAGUGUGAUGUGUUGGGAUAACUCAACAAGAGGUUUGGAUGCAAGUACGGCUUUGGAAUAUACCAAAGCUAUCAGAGCAUUGACGGACAUUUUUGGAUUGGCCAGUAUCAUUACUUUGUAUCAAGCCGGUAACGGUAUCUACAAUCUCUUCGACAAGGUUUUGGUUUUGGAUGAAGGCAAGCAGAUUUACUAUGGACCAAUGAAACAAGCAAGACCUUUUAUGGAAGAUCUGGGAUUCAUUUGCGAUGAUUCUGCUAAUGUUGCUGAUUUCUUGACUGGUGUUACGGUAUGUUCUUUCUUCCCUUUGGUACGCACAAUUCCAUACUGAUCGCAUCUUACAACAGGUACCAACUGAGCGAAAAAUCAGACCCGGCUUUGAAGAUCGGUUCCCUAGGACUGCCAACGAGAUCUUCAAAUCAUACACCGACAACCCUAUCAGAGCCAAGAUGGAAUUAGAAUACAACUAUCCCACCACCGACAUCGCCAAACAACGAACAACCGAUUUCGCUCACUCGGUUCAACAUCAAAAGAGUCCCAAGCUGAGCAAAGAUUCUCCUCUCAGCACCAGUUUCGUCACCCAGGUCAAAGCUUGCGUUACCCGACAAUAUCAAAUCAUUUGGGGAGACAAAGCCACCUUUUUCAUCAAACAACUUGCCACCUUUGCCCAAGCCCUCAUCGCCGGUUCGCUCUUCUACAGUUCUCCUAACAACUCUGGCGGUCUUUUCCUGAAAUCUGGUGCCCUUUUCUUCUCUCUCCUCUUCAACUCUCUUCUUGCCAUGUCCGAAGUCACUGAUUCGUUCACCGGUCGUCCAAUCCUCGCUAAACAUAAAACCUUUGCUUUGUAUCAUCCAGCUGCUUUUUGUAUGGGUCAAAUCGCGGCUGAUAUUCCGGUUCUCUUUGUACAGAUAACGCAUUUCUCACUCGUCGUGUAUUUCAUGGUUGGAUUGAAAACAACCGCUGGUGCUUUUUUCACUUAUUGGAUCAUCAUUUUUGCAGUGUCUAUGUGUAUGACUGCUUUGUUCCGAGCCGUCGGAGCUGCCUUCUCGAAUUUCGAUGCGGCGAGUAAGAUCUCCGGUCUCUUGAUCACUGCCCUUAUUAUGUACACGGGUUACAUGAUUCGCAAACCACAAAUGCAUCCUUGGUUUGUCUGGAUUUACUGGAUUGAUCCCCUCGCAUAUGGAUUCUCAGCUAUCCUCGCAAAUGAGUUCAAAGGCACUGUUAUACCCUGCGUCGGAAACAAUUUGGUUCCAAAUGGACCGGGAUAUACCGAUGUAGCACACCAAUCUUGUGCCGGUGUAGGAGGAGCCUUACCAGGAGCUACCAGCGUCACUGGAGAACAAUAUCUCGCUUCCCUCUCAUACGCUUCGUCCAACAUCUGGAGAAACUUCGGAAUCGUCUGGGCCUUCUGGGCUUUAUUCGUUGCAAUUACCAUCUACUGUACCAAUAACUGGAGUGCCUCUGGUGGAAAAUCCGGCAUUCUUUUGAUUCCUAGAGAGAAAGCUAAGAAGACUACUGCCAUUCUGAAGGCUGCCAUGGCAGGUGAUGAGGAAGCACAAGCUGUAGAGGAAAAAAGCCCCAAGAAUUCUCGUCCCGCGUCUCAAGACACCAAGGUAGAAAGUGGAAGCGAUGAGCAAUUAGUUCGCAACACCUCUGUAUUCACCUGGAAAAACCUCACCUACACCGUCAAGACACCAUCGGGCGAUCGGGUUCUCCUCGACAAUGUACAAGGAUGGGUUAAGCCCGGUAUGUUGGGUGCACUUAUGGGAUCAUCCGGAGCAGGAAAAACGACACUUCUCGAUGUACUCGCGCAACGCAAAACGGACGGGACAAUCAAAGGAUCUAUUCUCGUUGAUGGUCGACCCCUCUCUGUUUCUUUCCAACGUUCGGCUGGUUAUUGUGAACAAUUGGAUGUACAUGAAUCAUUUGCUACUGUACGCGAAGCAUUAGAAUUUUCUGCACUUCUCAGACAACCGCGAACCACUCCUGACGCAGAGAAAUUGAAAUAUGUUGAUACCAUUGUCAAUCUUUUGGAAAUGCAUGACAUGGAGAAUACUUUGAUUGGAACCACAGGAGCAGGAUUGAGUGUCGAACAGAGAAAGCGCUUGACAAUUGGUGUGGAACUUGUUUCCAAACCAUCGAUUCUUAUCUUCUUGGACGAACCUACUUCUGGUCUUGAUGGACAAGCUGCUUUUAACACGGUACGAUUCUUGAGAAAAUUGGCAGAUGCUGGUCAAGCUAUUUUGGUUACUAUUCAUCAACCUUCGGCCCAACUCUUCGCUCAAUUCGAUUCUCUCUUGCUCCUCGCCAAGGGAGGUAAAACCGUCUACUUUGGAGACAUCGGCGAAGAUUCAAAAACCAUCAAGGAGUACUUUGCCCGCUACGAUGCAGCCUGUCCUGAACAUUCCAACCCUGCUGAACACAUGAUCGACGUCGUUUCCGGUGCCCUAAGCAAAGGUAAAGACUGGAACGAAGUAUGGCUCAACUCCCCCGAAUACCAGUACACCGUCAAAGAGUUAGACCACAUCAUCCAAACUUCUGCCGCCGCACCACCAGGAACAACAGACGAUGGAUUUGAAUUCGCCAUGCCUAUUUGGGAUCAAGUCAAACUCGUGACUCAUCGCAUGAACGUUUCCAUUUACCGUAACACGGACUACAUCAACAAUAAAUUUGCAUUGCACAUUAGUUCUGCUCUGUUCAACGGGUUCACUUUCUGGAUGAUCAAAAGUUCUGUUGCAGGACUCCAACUUCGUCUUUUCACCGUCUUCAACUUUAUUUUCGUCGCGCCGGGUGUGUUGGCACAAUUGCAACCACUCUUCAUCGAACGAAGAGACAUCUACGAAACUCGUGAGAAAAAAUCAAAGAUGUAUUCCUGGUGGGCCUUUGCAACUGGAAACGUCGUCUCUGAAAUCCCUUACCUCGUCCUCUGCGCCAUUGUCUACUUCGUCUGUUGGUACUACACUGUUGGCUUUCCAAACGAUAACCAAAAAGCCGGCUCUGUCCUUUUCGUCAUGAUCUGUUAUGAAUUCAUCUACACGGGAAUCGGACAAUUCAUUGCCGCUUACGCACCAAACGUUCUAUUCGCCUCGCUGGUCAAUCCACUUGUCAUCGGAACACUCGUAUCUUUCUGCGGUGUCUUGGUACCCUAUGCACAAAUCACAGCGUUUUGGAGAUACUGGAUGUACUAUCUCAAUCCAUUCAAUUAUCUCAUUGGGUCUCUCCUCGUCUUCACAACAUGGGAUUCUCCCGUCACGUGCCACGAAUCUGAAUUCGCCAUCUUCAAUCCCGCAAAUGGUACUUGUGGCGAGUAUUUGGCUUCGUAUCUUCAAGGAUUAGGAGCCGCUGCCAAUUUAGUAAACCCUGAUGCGACGAGUGGAUGUAAGGUUUGUGAGUACAAGAUUGGAAUGGAUCAGUUGAAGACUCUCAAUUUGAAGGAAUAUAGUUAUGGAUGGAGGGAUGCAGGGAUUUGCGCAUUGUAUUGUUUCAGUGGGUAUGCGUUGGUGUUUUUGUUGAUGAAGCUGAGAACGAAGAAGACGAAGGGAGCUGAGUAGAUGCUUUCAAAGGGAUUGAUUGAGUUGAUGUUGAUAUUGUUGAUGAGGAAUGAGCAUGAGUGAAUGAGUGCAUUCUCACGUGUGGAAUCGAAGGAACUGAAGAUUGAUUCCCUCAAUUUCCGUUACGGUUAUUAGAUGUUAUAGAUGGGAAGGACUUUUGGAUUGUUUAAAUCAUCUUGUGUUUAUAGAUUGAUACUCUUUGUGUUGGCGUGAAUUUUAAUUUGCUUAGGAGUAGAUAAUUAGAUUAUACUAUAGUUGUAUAUCAUUUGGGUACUUUUAGAUACCUACUUUUAACUUUUACAUUCUCAUUAGAGAG